AUGAAUAUUGCAAUUGUUGGCCUUAACGCUAGCCUAAUCUAUUGCAAUGCUGUCGAUGUGAAUGCUCAAGCUAACGAGUGUUCGUGCGGUUUAGUUGCGGGCAAUCUAUGCGGUAGUGUUGCCAACAAACAGACGAUUCACGGAAUCGUAUUGAAAGGCAAUUGUCUGAAGAAUGGCUUCUAUUAUAUUACUGCGAAGGCUGUGCUCUAUAAGGUGUGUCCCAACUGUCACGUCAGCGCACGACCCGGUUAUGAUUGGUGCCAAUCUGAAUAUAUCCCAGACCCGGUGUUGUGCCAAUGCGGUGGUGUGGCCGGUGAUCACUGUGGUGUUAGGGCCAAUGUUCCCGGUGCUAAUGAUGAUUUAACUCUGAAAGGCGAGUGCCGUAACGAUGGUUACUACCACUGCAAAGCUGAUGAAGUUGGCCAGGCUCAGUUGAAGUUUGUGUGUCCCAUAUGUACGGUCAAUGAUGACGAUGGUCUCGACACUUGCGACUCCACCUACUUUGCCAAACAGUCCCAAUAA